CCCGGCAGCUCCGCCCUGCUCUGGCUCAGCUCCGCCCCUCGCAUGCCGGGGCUGGCUCCGCGGGAGCGUCCGUUGGGUCCCUCGCUGCCGGUGGAGCCCCGGCUGCCGCCUGGCGCCGGGGCCGGCGCGAGAGGAUGCGGCGGUUCGCGCGGGUGGCGCUGCUCUGCCUGGGCUGCGGCGUCUGCUCGCUGCUCUACGGCUUCAGCCAGCUGGCCCUCUCCCUCGAGCAGGAGCCCGGCGCCGGCCGGGAGCGGCAGGCCCGAGACCCCGCCGCGGACGGAGCUCGGCGGCAGGCAGGCGCCGGCCGGGAGGCGGCGGCGAGCGCGGGCCGAGGCGAGGCGGGGGCCAGCAGGUGUAAGAAUUUGUCUGUAUCUUUCUGGAAUUCCUAUUGGAUGCUGCCCUCUGAUGUUUGUGGAAUGAACUGCUUUUGGGAAGCUGCUUUUAGAUAUGAUUAUAUGAAGACACAUCCUUCUGAGAAAAUGCAUCUAGCAGUGGUUGCCUGUGGUGAAAGGCUGGAAGAGACUGUUACUAUGUUGAGAUCAGCCAUUAUUUUCAGCAUCAAGCCUCUCCAGUUUCAUAUUUUUGCUGAGGACCAGCUGCAUGAGAGAUUCAAAGACAUACUUGAUGACUUCCCCUAUGAAGGAAAAGUUAAUUACACAUUAUAUCCAAUAACAUUUCCAACUGAGAGUGCAACAGAAUGGAAGAAAUUAUUUAAGCCGUGUGCUUCACAGAGGCUGUUCUUGCCAUUAAUCCUCAAGCAUGUGGAUUCACUACUGUAUGUUGAUACUGACAUCCUGUUUUUGAGACCUGUUGAUGAUAUUUGGUCUUUUCUGGGAAAGUUCAACUCCACACAAAUUGCUGCAAUGGCACCGGAACAUGAAGAGCCUCGUAUUGGGUGGUAUAAUCGCUUUGCUAGACAUCCCUACUAUGGAGUAACUGGAAUAAAUUCUGGAGUCAUGUUAAUGAAUAUGACGCGGAUCAGAAGGAAGUAUUUCAAGAAUGAUAUGACACCAGUCCGAUUACAGUGGGGAGAAAUUCUUAUGCCACUGCUGAAGAAAUACAAGUUGAACAUAACCUGGGGUGAUCAGGACCUAUUGAACAUUAUGUUUUUCCACAAUCCAGAAAGUCUUUAUGUCUUUCCUUGCCAAUGGAAUUAUCGCCCUGACCACUGCAUCUAUGGAAGCAAUUGUAAGGAAGCCGAAGAAGAGGGUAUAUUUAUUCUUCAUGGAAACAGAGGUGUUUACCAUGAUGAAAAACAGCCAACUUUUAGGGCUGUCUAUGAAGCGAUAAAAAAUUAUUCAUUUGGAGAUGAUCUGGUUCAUUCCCUGUUGCAGCCCCUAGAACUGGAAUUACGGAAAACCAUGCAUACAUACUGUGGAAGAGUAUACAAAGUGUUCAUAAAGCAGCUGACAAAAAGUGUAAGAGACUUGUAUGCCAGAAGAUCAAAGGGAAGGUGAUUUUACUUCAAGCUGUUAAAUCAAGAGACUGAAUUAACGUACUUCUCAGAAGGUGCAAAAAUUCUAAUAUGGCUUGAAUUGGCUCUCACUGUGCCCAGAUAAAAGUUUACUAGCGUAUAUAAAAAUGAAGAAAAUAUUCUUGUCAUGAAGAACAGGAACUUUUUUUCUGCAAAGCUGACUUUUUGCUCUUUUGAAGUUUAAUCACUGCUAAUGUUUAUCGUUAAUACAGUGAUUUAGGUGUUACUGGCUUCUACAGUCAGUAGUUUUAGUCUGUAUAAUUCAGUUAUCUAAUGAUCAAAUGAACAAAGAAGAAAUGAAGAUGGUUCUAUUUGGGAGCGUACCUCAUUGCCUGAAAUUCUGUUAAACUGUGAAUGUAGCAAUAACUGAGGCGGCAGCACUAACCUCACUUUAAAGGUGUGAGCCUUUAUGUAAACAAAAUUGUUUACAAGUGCAGAAAACACUCUUUUCAAAGAAAUGUGAUACAAUAAUUGACAAUCUGUAUGUGCCUUUAUGUGUUCAUCUCUUACACGUUGAAGUACUGUUUUGACAAUCUUGUUUUGCAUAUCUUAGAUGUAAACUGCACACUAUAAAUACGAUGUUCUGAAAAAUUAAUACCGGUAUGUGAUACUAGUUUUCUCUGUCUGUAGGUGCAGAGACUUUUUAAUGUACAGCAUUUGUUUCAACAUGGUCAAAAGAUAGAGCAGAAUUGAGGAUUGGUGGUUGUUUUUUUGGUUUUAUUUUAGCAAAAAAAAUCAGGUUGAAGAUGUUUGUCUUAUAAUACUUUUAAAAAAUUACAUGGUUUUGCAGCUUUAUAAGGCAUUUUGGAAGUAGGAAAAAAAACACCAGUGAAAAGCUGUUGCUUUUGUAUUUCCUUACUAAGAAUUAUUACCUGAUGAUUAUUAUGGAGUAUUUAGUACCGAAAAGUGAAGAGCUGUAGUAAGAGUUCUGAUGCUGCCUCAGACUGUAUAUUAGAUGCGUUUCUUAGAGGAUAUAUCCUGUUACCAUAUUUUCUAAUAACAUGGCUUUGAAAUAGUUUUGGGGAAAACCCUCAACUACAUGAAUGCAUUACCGGCAGUAGGUUGAUAGUGAUUUACAGCAGGCAAGGAUUAGGCUUUCUUUAGUUUCUUAAGUUCUCUUAGUGGAAAAAAAAAAUUGUUUUGUUUAUGUAGUACAGACUUUCUUUUUUUUUUAGAGGAAAACAUGAAGAAAAAGGCUGAGUUCUAGUGUUACAGUGAAAUACUAUUUAAACUUGCAUAGUUUGAAAUGUAUUUGAUUUGUAAAGUAUAUUUGAACUUGGAUAACUGGUCUGAGAUGAAGUCUUCAUAAUGUGAGUUUUUGGGAUUCCAGAAAAGUUCCUGUGUGUUGAACUUGGAGGAUCCACUCACUGACUUGCACCUUCAUCCCAAUCCCAUUUUAGAAGCUGAAUUUCUGUGGCUCUUUCCAUGUCAAAGGUGGGCUCGUUCUGACUCCCAGAUCCAUGUGAGCUGGACGAAUGCUUUAGCAGUACAAAAUACACUCCAUUGUAAGCAGAGUUUAGAUUCUGCUCCUAAUCUCCCUGCUGGCUCAGGGUGUAAAUUUCUGGGAUGGAUCCUGGGAAGCAGUCUGCCUCACAUGCAGUUAUGGUCUCUUUUCCUUGCUAUGUCACCUUUUGAAGUCUGAAAAUCUAGAAAUCUGUGUGAAGGUGAAUAUGGUUAUUGACUGAUUUUACAAUAUGCAGUGCAUUAUUUUUUUACAUAAAUACUGAUUUUUA